UCUCUUUCUUCUACUGAGGACCAGCGAGAGGUCAAGAAAGAGGUUUCCCUUAAUAUCUUCUCUUUGAGAGCAUCUGAUCCAACGGCCUAACUCUCUCGCCCUGUGGUCUGACUUAUAUGGUCUGCUCUAUCUAUUAUUGCAUGACUCCUACUAUAUUCUCUACUUCCACGCACGUGUAAAGGUCAGGCGCGUGGUCUACAGUGUCAUCCGUUACUUGAUUUGACUCGUCUUUCUUUUCUCAUUCAUUCACUCGUCUGGAUCUCUUGGUAUUCUUUUUGAACAGUCGAUCUUUUGCGUCCAAGAUGCCUUCUAUCAAACCAACUCUCCAUCCAUUGCAAACCCCCCGGACUAUGGUCUUUCCAUCUGAGCUUCAAGAGGACUCAGGGUCUUCCAGCCUUUCAGCUGGUAAUGGAAGAGGGGAUGAACCACUCUCGACACCCAUCACUCCUCCCGCGGCCUACACAGAGUUUCUCAAGAAGUUUCAACCUAUCUUAUCCCCCAUCACUGGGGAGCCUGACUUUUCCAAGAUCCACACCCUGAGGGAAGGCCACUCUACCGCAUCAAACUCUCCAACAUCCCAGCCUGCCUCACGCCCAACCAGUGCAGUCAGUGGCACGUUCAGCUUCAAUGGUGAUUCGUCCAGAUCAGCUGCGGCUUCGCUGCCACCACCAACCCCGUACACAGCACCUCCAGUCAGAAGAGACCCGAGGAGCCUGCGAGCUUUACGUAUCCCGCCCCCUCCCAGGUAUUCACCGAUUGCGGAGGCUCCCAGAAGCGCAAGCACCCUCUAUUCACCGUACUCUGCGUCUCCGUCGGACUGGAGAAUGCGCUACUGGGAAGGCCCGCACAGCGCGGUUCCCAGCGGCAGAUUCAGCGUGCGGCAUGUCAUCACUCAUACCAUCACCUUCAAACGAACACAGCUCGAGGAUCCGCCUAAGGGGAAGCGGAGAAAGCGCGAGGACUCUAAUGAGCCUUAGCAACUUUAAUGCCUGGUAUCAUGAAAGUUUAUUUUGGAAACGGUCAGGUGCACUAGCGCAGGCUUUCGGCGUUCUGGUGUUUAGGAAGAUGCUUUUACUUAGGAUAGGCCAUGGUUAAUUUGAUUUUCCUUGAAUUCUUUCCAAUGCGGGGUCCUUCU